AUGGAAGCAGCAGCAGCAGCAGCAGCAGCAGGAGCAGCAGCAGCAGCAGCAGCAGAGGGGUCUCCAGAAGGCGUCGGCUUAUCGUCCGAGUCCUGUCAAGUAGGAGAGGGAGCAGCAGUCCCAUCAUCAGCAUCACCAGCAGCAGCAGCAGCAGCAGCAACAGCAGCAACAGCAGCAGCAGCAGCAGGAGAAGCAGCAGAAAGCGAUGGGUUUCUGCUGCAGUGGUUCCCCGGCUUUGACCUGCCUAUCGGCCUGAAAGGCAGAGCCAUCCUAAGAAGGGUCCUCAACCAAAGACGAUCACUUGAUGCAGCCAGAUGUAAGGCAAUACUGUCUGAGCACGGCAUCGUGCUGGGUCGAGGCGUUCCGGGGCACACAACAAACUGGGGGGGCCUCACAGUGCGGGAGCUGCUGCAUGCAGCUCACCUGCUGGGCUGCUGGCGGCAGGUUGAGGAGCUGUGUCUUUCUUUCUGCUGCAGCAACGGCCUAAAGAUAGAAUGGGUUAAGGAGCUCAGAGCCAAGGGGCCGCAGCAGGUGACCCUGGCGAACCUUCUCUCUAUGAAAAGAAAUGCUGCUGCUGAAGCCAGAAAAAAAAAACACAACAAUACCACUCCUCCUGCUGCUGCUGCUGCUGCUGCUGCUGCUGCUGGGACUAAUGCUGCUGGGACGGGGCAUAUGGAUGCUGCUGCUGCUGCUCCUGCUGCUGCUGCUCCUGCUGCUCCUGCUGCUCCUGCUGCUGCUGCUGCUGCUGCUACUCCAGUUCCUAGCGCAGCUGGGAAAGGUAAUGCAACGCACGAAGAUAUAGCCAGUGCAGCAACCGCCCCAUCCACAGUAGCAGCAGCAGCAGCAGCAGCAGCAGCAGCAGAAGAGGCAGCAGACAGCAAAGGCAGCAGCACAGGAAGAAGAGGAGGCUGCAGACAAACGACCCCCGCAAUGAAGCUACGAAGGAGCUGCACCAGGGCGAGGAGAAAACGCAUUGAUCUCCAGCAGCAGCAGCAGCAGCAGCAGCAGCAGCAGCAGCAACAGCAGCAGCAUUUGCUGCUGCUGCACCCACAAGAAGUGGAAAGCACAAACAGCAGCACGCCCACAGCAGCAGCAGCAGCAGCAGCAGCAGCAGCAACAGCAGCAACAGACGCAAGCUUCGGCUGCUCCAUAUCCAGUCUCUCUCUGCCCCCCCCAACAGAAGCUGAUGCAGGAGAGGGGCCCCCAGGGGGCCCUUCACAGCAGCAGCAGCAACAGCAGCAGCAGCUGCUGCAGCCGCAGCAGCAGCACGAAACCCAGCUGCUGGAUUCUGUAUUAACCCCUGGGCCUUCGGACCUUUCCUUGGGGGCCCCCCAGGGGGCCCCCCCCUCUUUUGCUGCUGUCGACAGCAGCAUCAGGGUGACAAGCAGCAGACGCAACAGCCGGCGUCAGCAGCAGCAGCAGCAGCAGCAGCAGCAGCAGCAGCAGAGGUUACUAAUGAUGCAUGCAUCCCCGGCAGGUGCACAGCACACAGACGGCUCUGCUGCUGCUGCUGGCUCUGCUGCUGCUGCUGCUGCUGCUGCAGCUGAGGCGAUGCCUGCCUUAUGUUCAGGCCUCCCCAGCUGGGUUCCUCCUUAUGCUCCUUCUGCUGCAGCUGCUGCAGGGCUGAUGGAAUUCAAGGGGCCCCCAGAGGGGCCCCCAGAGGGGCCCCCUGAGGGGGCCCCUGUGGGGGCCCCUAUGGGGGCCCCUGUGGGGGCCCCUCAGCAAGGGCUGCAGCAGCCAGAGGCGCAGCAGCAAAUGCGGCAGCAGAUGCAGCAGCAGGUGCAGCAGCAGAUGCAUCAGCAACUGCAGCAGCAGCAGCAGCAGCAGCAGCAGCAGCACGAACCUCACCGGCAUCUGCUGCUGCAGCAAGACCCGCAUCCUGGAGGGCUUGGGGCCUUCCCUGGGCUGCAGUGGGCCCCCUCUCUGUGCGCUGUCGAAAAGAAAGAGGAGGCAGCAGCAGCAGCAGCAGCAAAUGCUGCUGCUGCAGCCGCAGCAGCAACAGUGGCAGCAGCUGUGCCGGCUCGAGCAGCAACAGCAGCAGAAGCAGCAGCAGCUGCUGCUGCACAGCAGCUGCAGCUUGAAGACUGUUACCUAGACGCCCCGUAUCCUUACAACGACCUUCAUAACGCCCCAGGCAGCACAGACCCCGCAGCAGCAGCUGGGGGCCCCCGCGGACGUACCCCUGGGGCCCCCAUACGGGGGCCCCACAUGCAAGACCCGCAGCCUGGAGGGCUUGGGGCCUUCCCUGGGCUGCAGUGGGCCCCCUCUCUGUGCGCUGUCGAAAAGAAAGAGGAGGCAGCAGCAGCAGCAGCAGCAGCAGCAAAUGCUGCUGCUGCCGCCGCAGCAGCAACAGUAGCAGCAGCUGUGCCGGCCCGAGCAGCAACAGCAGCAGAAGCAGCAGCAGCUGCUGCUGCACAGCAGCUGCAGCUUGAAGACUGUUAUCUAGACGCCCCGUAUCCUUACAACGACCUUCAUAACGCCCCAGGCAGCACAGACCCCGCAGCAGCAGCAGCAGCAGCAGCAGCAGCAAGUGCAGCAGCAACAGCAGCAGCAGCAGCAGCAGCAGUUGGACCUGAACCACCUGCAUCACUGCUAUGCGAGUGGGAGCGUGCCUCUCAAAAGAUCAGCAGCAUCCACCAGCAGCACCAGCAGCAUCAGCAGCUGCAGCAGCAGCAGCAGCAGCAGCAGCAGCAGCAGCAACCCUCUCAGCACCAGCAGCAGCAGCCCUGGUUGACUUCGAUGCCUUACAAUAUAUGUGGGGCCCCCCCACUAGCUGUACAUACACCUGAAGGCACCUUAGUGCAGCCUUUUGCUGCUCCCCAGCCGCUGCUGCAGCAGCUGACACCCCCGCUGCUGCAGUGCAGCAAAGCUGGGGGCCUCCCGGACAGCAGCAGCAGCAGCAGUAGCAGCAGCAGCAGCAGCGCGAGCACCAGCACCAGCAGCAACAGCAGCGACGUCAGCUGCGCAUCCUGGCAGGUUAAGGCGCCCAGCAGCAGCAGAAGCAGCAGCAGCAGCAGCAGCAGCUACGCAGCAAGAGCUGCUGAAACCCCACAGGCGCCGCAGCGGCGAGCAGCAGCAAGAGGCUCCAACGCCUCUGCUUCCUCUCGGUCUCGACAUCGCACCAAGACAGCAGCAGCAGCAGCAGCAGCAGCAGCAGCAGCAGCAGCAGACCAGCAGCAGCUCCGGGGCCCCCCCUCUGGUUUCCCCUCUCUGCAGCAGCUGCUGGCAUCGAGCAGCAGCGACAGCUGCAGCUGCUGCAGCGGCAGCAGCGGAGAAGAGGAGACAGCCUAUCCUUCUUUGCUGCCUACCCAAGGCAUGGGCCUCGCAUACGGGGGCCACCAAGCAGCACUGCAGCAGCAGCAGCAGCAGCAGCAGCAUCAGCAGCAGCAGCAGCAGCAGCAGCAGCAGCAACAGCAGGUGAACCUGGAGGCCUCGUCAGCAGCAGCUGCUGCUGGAGAGUUUCAUGAGGCAGCAGUAAAGGAGGAAGGCUUAGGCUUCUCAGGUCCCCCAUUGAUAGGAACAGCAGCAGCAGCAGCAGCAGCAGCAGCAGCAACAGCAACAGCAGCAGCAGCAGCACCAGCAGUGCAGCAGCAGCAAAACUCAUGGCAGGCAUAUGACGUAUCGGCUGGCGCGUCGUAUGCAGCACCAACAGCAACAGCAGCAGCAGGAGCAGCAGAACCAGCAGGAGCAGCAGCAGCAGCAGCAGCCGAAGCAGCAGCAGAAGCAGCAGCAGCAGAAGUGCAUGCAGCAGCACAGCCACAUGACUGGUGGUCUGCAGGUACAAACACCCCUCUGCUGCUCUCCCCGGGGCCCACGCCGGUGGGGCCCCCCCCCUGGGGGCCCCCCGAGGCAGCAGAGGCCCUAUUUAGAACGGAAUGCAGCCUGCAGCAGCAGCAGCAGCAACAGCAGCAGCAGCACCAGCAGCAACCCCUUCUGCAGCAGCAACCGCAGCAGCAGCUGCUGCUGCAGCAGCAAGACGAAACUCUAUCUGCUGCACUGCGUCUACCUGCGCAGUGCCCUCUGCUAGAAGACUGGGGGCCCCCAGGGGCCCCCCAAUCUUCAGCUGCAUUCCAAACAGACCAUAAUAGCAUAGCAGCAGCUGCUGCUGCUGCUGCUGCUCCUCCUGCUGAUGCUGCUGCUGCUGCUGCUGCUGUUGCUGCUGACCCCGUCACUGCCCAGCUACAGCCUGACGCGGCUGACUCCCACGGCGGAGCUUGCAUAGAUCUGCAGCGGCAGCAGCAGCUGCUGCUUCUGGAGCAGCAGCAACAACAGCAGCUGCAGCAGCAGCAGCUGCAGCAGCAGCUGCAGCAGCAACAGCUGCAGCAGCAGCAACUGCAGCAGCAGCAGCCACGGUCGAGGCGCAGGGCUAAGGGGAACGGGAUGGAGCAGCAGGGGCAGAAGAGACAGCGGAAUGAUAGCACCAGAAGUAGGAAACGUGGUGAGCAGCAGCAGCAGCAACAGCAGCAGCAGCAGCAGCAGCAGCAGCAGUUGCUGCUGCAGCAAGAAUUGCCUUCCUGCCUUCCUGCGCAGCCGCAGGUACAGCAGCAGUUGCUGCUGCAGCAGACCGCAGUGCCCAUGCAACCGCCAGGAGAAAUCAGCAGCAGCAGCAGCAGCAGCAACAGCAGCAGCAGCAGCGUGCUGCAGCAGCACGCUUCUGCUCAGCUGCACCCAGAACAGGAUAGUUUCUCUGCAGCAGCAGCAGCAGUUGCUGCUGGGCUGCCAGAGGCAUAUUCUGCUGCAGCAGCAACAGCAGCAGCAGCAGCAGCAGCACCAAUGUAUUCGCCGUCUUGGCCAUUAGAUACCGCAGAUCCAGCAGCAGCAGCAGCAGCAGCUGCAGCAGCAGCCGCAGCUGCUGCUGCUGCUGCUGCUAAUGGGAUUCCUGGGGCCCCACAGGUAUUGGGGGGCCCCUGGGGGCCCCCAAGGGAGCAGCAACAGAGUAUGCUGCAGCAGCAACAGCAGCAGCUGCAGCAGCAACAGCAGCAGCAGCAACAGCAGCAGCUGCAGCAGCCAAUGUGCUGCCUACUAAGAAGGUGUUAUGUAUUUAUGUUUGCUGCGCUCGAGCAGCAGGUGGGGUGUAUGUACACCUGA